AUUCCACCAUAGAGCUUUCGCUACUCGCAGCACCCUCGCUCAUAGACCUAAGAUGGGCAAGAAGAAGAAUACAACUCCAGGUGAAGAGCACCUGCUACUACCCGUGCACCCUUCGCGCACAGAGCGACCCGAAGCAGAGCACGAGCCUACCGUUGACACGCACACCCAUCUACUAUCUACCUUCAGUGCAUACCAGGCGACAUACAAGCCCGGGAACCACCAGACGAUAUGGGAGUUCGUACGCGGCAUGUACCGUGGGCGUAGAGUAGAGGCGAUUGUGGACGUUUGGUGCGAGGCUCCAGUGGUUAAGCAGUGGAAGGAGCUCGCGGACUCCGCUUUAGCGAUAGAGCGGAGGGAAAAGGACUGGGGUGGAAUGGAGUAUUGGUUCGUAAUUGGCGUACAUCCACAUGAAGCAAAAUCAUACAAUGACGUAGUAGAACGCGACAUCAUAGAGGCUAUGAGACAUCCCCGCUGCGUAGGCUGGGGUGAAAUUGGUCUGGACUAUCACUAUGAUAACUCGCCCCGCGAAAUUCAGCAGGAAGUCUUCGCGCGGCAGCUCCGCCAUGCCGUCAAGCUCGGGAAGCCUCUGACAAUCCACACUCGAGAAGCCGAAGAAGAUACUGAGAGGAUCUUGAAGGCAGAGGUGCCGAAAGAUCACAAAAUUCACAUCCAUUGCUACACUGACUCUCCGGAGUGGGCAGCACGAAUGCUUGAACACUUCCCUAACCUGUUUAUCGGCAUCACAGGCGUCAUCACUUACUCAUCAAACCUCAACACGUCUGCUGUCAUCCGCCAAAUGGUCAGCUCAUCCGGCGAGUCCCAGUCAUCGAGUACACUGCGCAUUGUUCUCGAGACAGAUGCGCCCUUUAUGGUGCCCGGGAACAUCUACGCUGCGCUCCCGGAGAUCAAGGGCAAGCGCCUCCCUCUCUGCCACACCGCGAUGCUCCCGUGGACGGCGGAGUUCGUCGCAGGUGUGGCGAACGAGGCCGGCGGCUCCUGGGACGUCGAGAGCGUAAUGAAGGUCGCAAGAGAGAAUGCAAGGAAGGUGUAUGGUAUAUAGCUGUCGUGAUGGCCUGAAGGCAUGCAUUAGGUCCCUUGGAUAAAUACCCCGGCCGUCGACGACUCUCCACGGGGUCUUCGACCACCGGCCUGAAACCUGAAGUCUGAAUCCGUACCGUCACUAACCGCGGAGGAACGGCUUACGCUAUGUAUCGAACCGUAUACAGACCAAGCAUAUGCCUCCCCGACGCGACGCGAUAUUCUUGACGGCCUGUAUGCGGACGUUAAACUUGUUGCGCUUUACUCAGACCAAUGUAC